UUGCUUAAUUGAGAAACUUGAACGAUGAGAACACCUGGAAACGAGAAAACACAGGGCGAUGGUCAUUGGAUCUGAAUCGAAGUUGAGAAAUUUAGAUCAAUCUAAAGUGUCAAAACUCAAGCGUCUUGUACAAGAAACCCCUGUCGCAUUAACCUAUAAUUCGGUGUGGAUCUGCUCUGGGCUUGUUCUGUUUGAACAAGAUGGCCGAUAUGGGAAUUGAAAAACAGGGUCACCAUUAUCAGGACAGUAAUGACUCUCAGAAAAAUGUUUUUGAUUUGGGUACAUUUGUUGGGGACUUGAAUGUUGAGGAAGAUGCAAGCAGUGAUGACAUAUCAUUGGAAGGACUACAGCAAGAACUGGAAGAAUGUAAAAAUGAUGAUGUAGUUGCAAAUAUUCUGUCCAAAGGUACUAAACUACGGGAGUAUACUAAGGGGGUUGAGAACAAUAUUCGACAAGUUGAACUGGACUCGAUUCAGGACUACAUAAAAGAAAGUGAUAAUUUGGUAUCUCUCCAUGAUCAGAUUCGUGAUUGUGAUAGCAUCUUGUCACAGAUGGAAACCCUUCUCAGUGGGUUUCAGGCUGAAAUUGGUUCUAUUAGUUCAGACAUAAAAAUUCUUCAGGAGAAAUCGAUGGAUAUGGGUCUAAAGCUGAAGAAUCGCAAGGUGGCUGAGUCAAAAUUGGCAAAUUUUGUUGAGGACAUUAUAGUCCCUCCAAGGAUGGUAGACAUUAUUAUUGAUGGAGAGGUCAAUGAUGAAUAUAUGAGAACUCUUGAGACUCUCAGUAAGAAGUUGAAGUUUGUAGAAGUGGAUCCCAUGGUUAAAAUUUCGAAAGCUCUCAAAGAUGUUCAACCUGAGUUGGAAAAACUUCGGCAAAAAGCAGUUUCAAAGGUAUUCGAAUUCAUUGUUCAGAAACUUUACUCACUCAGAAAGCCGAAGACGAAUAUCCAGAUACUUCAACAGAGUGUUCUUUUAAAAUACAAAUACAUUGUUACCUUCCUCAAGGAACAUGGCAAGGAGAUAUAUAUUGAGGUCCGUGGAGCAUACAUUGACACAAUGAACAAGGUCCUAAGUGCUCAUUUCCGGGCAUAUAUUCAGGCACUGGAGAAACUACAGUUGGAUAUUGCAACAUCCAAUGAUUUGAUUGGUGUAGAGGCAAGAAAUACUAGUCUUUUUUCAAGUCGAAGAGAACCGUUGAAGAAUCGCUCUGCUGUUUAUGCUCUUGGGGAUAGGAUAAAAAUCUUAAAGGAAAUAGAUGAACCUGCAUUAAUUCCACAUAUCGCUGAAGCCAGCUCCAGCAAGUACCCUUAUGAAGUCCUUUUUAGGAGCUUGCACAAGCUGCUUAUGGAUACUGCUACGUCUGAGUUUAAUUUCUGUGAUGAUUUCUUUGGUGAAGAAUCCAUAUUUUAUGAUAUUUUUGCCGGCCCAUUUGCCGUCAUUGAUGAACACUUCAACUCAAUACUUCCAAAUUGUUAUGAUGCUAUUGGUUUGAUGCUUAUGAUUCUUAUCAUUCACCAGCAUCAGCUCGUCAUGUCACGACGUAGGAUUCCAUGUCUGGAUUCAUAUUUGGACAAGGUCAACAUUGUGCUAUGGCCUCGUUUUAAGAUGGUAUUUGACAUGCAUCUGAAUAGCCUACGUAAUGCAAAUGUGAAGACAUUGUGGGAAGAUGAUGUUCAUCCCCAUUAUGUCAUGAGGCGUUAUGCUGAGUUCACAGCUUCACUUAUCCACCUCAAUGUCGAAUACGGAGAUGGACAGCUUGAGCUAAAUUUGGAACGUCUGAGAAUGGCUAUUGAUGAUUUGCUUAUCAAGCUUGCCAAAACAUUUCCAAAACCCAAAUCGCAAACUGUGUUUUUGAUAAACAACUAUGAUAUGACAAUUGCGGUGCUGAAGGAAGCUGGCCCAGAGGGUGGGAAAAUUCAAAUGCACUUUGAGGAAUUGCUGAAAAGCAACACUGCAUUAUUUGUGGAAGAAUUGCUGCUAGAGCAUUUCAGUGAUUUAAUCAGAUUUGUUAAAACCCGAGCUUGUAAGUAUAUAACAAACUCUUUUGGUAGUGUAACAGUCUGCUAUAUUAUUUAUCACAAUGGAUUUAUAUGCAAAUGGUAUGUGUCAGCUGAGGACCCGAAUGCAAAUACUGAGAAGCCAAUAACAGUUGCUGAGGUUGAGCCACUCGUAAAGGACUUUGCAAGCAGAUGGAAAGCUGCUAUCGAGCUGAUGCACAAAGAUGUGAUAACUUCUUUCAGCAACUUCUUGUGUGGUAUGGACAUUUUGAGGUCUGCAAUGACCCAGCUGCUGCUUUAUUAUACAAGAUUCUCAGAUUGCAUCAAGAAGAUCGUUGGUGGCUCUGCACUAAACAAGGAUCUUGUUUCCAUACCUUCUAUUAUGUAUGAAAUUAAGAAAUACUCCAGAACAUUCUAAGUUGUUCAGCAAUCAUGUUAAUCUGAAUUUGGAUAUUUUUUAAAGAAAUAGUUGAUUUUGUAGCUAGAGCGAACAGCGUUCAUUUUCUUUUUUUGGAUAUAUAUAUAUAUAUAUAUAAAUGAUAGUGUGAAAGCAACUGAUUUAUAGCUA